UUCAGCUAGCAAACCGCGGAGAAUGCUAUCAUCUGGUCCCUGCAGCCUGAGCCUCCGUCCUUUCGUUAUGGUUUUGUAAAAAGGCCGAACAACAAACAAAAACAAUGAUUUCGGAGGAGAGAAGCAGCCACGUAAAUAAACAAGCCCUGAACUUUCCCGUGGGUUUGCUCAUCCGCUCUCCCAAGAGGCGCCUGGCCAAACUGGGGAGGAAACCCAGCAAUGGGUCCCUGCAGUCCAGCAAAUCGGACAACACUGUCCAAUCAGCUGAGAGUGUCAGCGUCCGGCAGCCAGCCAAGAGUAAAAUCCGGCGUCACAACAACAAGCUUUCGACUGUUUUCAACUACAGCCCCAACCUGCGGGACAAUGGCCGCCGUGACCAGACGAGGGGCAGCGGGAGCCUGUCGGGUGACCCUCAGCUCACAGAUGACCCAGCCGAACUGUCCAGCCAGAUGUCUGUGCCGGGCAUCCUGAAGGUCUUUGGUAGUGACAUCUGCCAAGGGGCCCACUACAAGAGUGUGCUGGCCACCACUCAGUCCAGUGCAAAGGAGCUGGUCAGGGAGGCGUUAGCGAGGUACUGUCUGGAAAAAGAAGACGCCAACGAUUAUGUGCUGUGUGACGUGAUUGGUCAGACAGGAGCUGAUAGCCAGUGGAAGAGGGAGUGCUUCAGAGUUGUGAGUGACAAUGAGAGGCCCCUCAUGCUGCAGUCACUGUGGAAGCCCAAGGAAGGCUUCUCCAGAAGAUUUGAGAUCCAAAGGCGAGUGGCUGUUGAAGAGCAGAGUCUGAAGGACACGGACACAAUCACAGCAGGUAUCAAUGCUCAGGCUCGUAAACUUCAGAGGAACCGCUCCAGGGUGGCCUCCCUGUUUGUGGACAGCAGCGGGGAGGAUCCAGACGGACCCGGGUUCUGGAGAAGCUUGAGUGAGAUGGAUCUUUCUGCGAUGGGGAAGGAGGCCAACCGGGCCCAACAGAGCACGCUCAGAGAGGAUCUGGAAGUCGAGGCUGACAAGGAGGUGCUACGACUCGGCAUGGAGAAGGAGGAGACGGAGAGCAGCGACGACAACACCACCCAGUACUCCAUCCACCCCCCCUUUGACUUCCCCUACUUCCUCCUGCUGCAGGGAUACAACCACAGACAGGAUUUUGUCAUCUAUCUGAUGAGUGGAACCACCACCAUCUUUGGCUGCUGCAGGGAGCACUGUAACGGAGAUGAUGAAGAGAGGUUAAAAGUGGACAUCCUUCUUUUCGCUCCUGAUGUGUUACCACAGCACUGCUGCGUCAAACGCCUGGACUCCAACAACCAAACAUCCACAGGAAAGCACAAAAAGACACUAACAAUGCUGAAGCCUCUUCAUGGUGCUCCUGUGACCAGAAAUGGUUUCCUUCUAAAAGAGGAAGUGGAACUGAGCCCAGGGGAUUUGGUUGGCUUAGGAAAACACUACUUGUUCAUGUUUAAAGAUCCUGCCAGUACGUCAGGAUCCCUUAACUCUCCAUCUUGGAUGACCAGACUCUGCCCUAACACUGACGCUUGUUUAUCAUGUGGCUCCUCCAUCACCAUUAAACAGUUGCAGAGAAAGCCGUCACCUCCCUGUUGGAGAGAUCUGGAAGGCACAGAGGCAUCGCUAAGCUACGAGUUGGAGCAAGAAGAAAGAGUUCUUAAGGAGAUCCUGGACAUGGUGGAUCCCAGUGGAAAUGUGCCAAAACUGACGCCUGCUUUCCUGCUGAUUCUUUGCAUCCGGCACUCAGCCUCCACAUUCGAGUUAACCCACUUCAGACAGCUGCUGCUCAGAAUAGCCAGUCAGAUCCAGCUGGUCGCAUGGGAGAAGACAAAGAAACUUGCUGCAAUCCAGCCAGAAAUGAGCUCCAGUGAGGGCCAGCCUGAAGAGCUUCAGCUGCUCAGCAUGAAGGAGCUGAUCCCAGGUCUGCAGCCACUGGCGUUGUGGAUGGCCAACUCCAUUGAACUGCUGCACUUUAUUCAACACAAAGUCCCUCAGCUGCUGCCCUGGAGGCAGGGCCACCAGGAUGCAGAUCUGCUGGACUCUGAGAUGUCCUCCACUCGAACAGCCUGUGAGGAAGCCAUGACAGUCCUGGAGGAAGUCAUCAUGUUUACGUUCCAGCAGUCCGUUUAUUAUCUAACAAAGAGUAUGUAUUCGGCCCUGUCUGGUCUGCUGGAUGGAAACCCGUUCUCAGAGAGCGGUCAGCUGCGAGUUCCUGAUGGGCUCAGUAACAUUCUGGAGGUGCUCAAAGAGGCGCUGAAGCUCCUGACGGCCUUCCAGGUGCACCCAGACAUCUCACUGCAACUCUGCGCCUACCUGUUCUUCUUCAUCAAUGCAUCACUGUUCAACUCCCUCAUGGAACGAGGUUCUGUUGCUGGAUUCUACCAGUGGUCCCGCGGUGUGCAGAUCCGGGCCAACUUGGACCUACUGAUGGAUUGGAUCCAGAGCAUUGGUCUGAGCGAUCUGGCCACUGAGUUCUUCCAGAAGCUCUCUGCGGCUGUCAAUCUGCUGGCCACACCCAAAGAAACCCUGCUGCAGGCGUCCUGGGCUUCUCUCAGGGCUGAGUUCGCUGCGUUGAAACCGGCGCAGCUCCACCACAUGUUGAGGGAAUACAGCGCCGGUAAGAUCUGUCCCAGCGGAUGGAUCCCAUCGCCAGAAGAUUCAGAGGACGCUGUCAGGACCGCAGACAUCCUGGAGAGCUUUGAUAACCACCCGCCGCUCAUCCUGCCCACGAGCACGUUUCACCUGGAGCUCGAUAAACCUAUAGUGGAGUCAGCGCUUUUUGAACAGCUCGCUCAUCUGCAGGAGAUCAUUCACCGGCUACCUGCCAAUGAAACUCAAACUAAAAGGGAUGGAGACCAACAGGCUGCUAAUGUGACGAACACAGACAGUCCCACAGAAAACUCACCCUGCACAAGAGUCUUUAAGGAUCUGGCCCAUCAGGUGGUCUCUGAGGCUUCUACUUGCCCCUGUCCUGAGGUAGACCCCAACUGCACCUCUCCUGGAGAACCAUCGCAGGCCCGAGGAUCUCACGGGGACCUAAGCAGCUGUGAAGCAGUUCUUGCUCAGAAGCUGAAGAGCCUGGAGCUGCAGAACCACCUCCCCGGACAGGACGACAUGAGCUACCACAAGAGCCUGGCUCUGGACCCGUCGUGCCUGCUCACUCCACCCAACACCCCACAAGGGAUGGAGCUGUCUGAGCUGGAGGCUGAUCUACAGGAGGGCGCCCGCCAGCUAAAGAAAGUCGGUGGAAACUCUGCGACAGGAAACGGGGAAGCAGCGGAGGACAAAGAGGAAGUGUUCACAGUGGAGAUCCACAGAGGGCCACAUGGUUUGGGACUGGCGCUCGUAGAUGGAACGAGAACGCCUCUGAGGAUGAGUGGCAUUUAUGUGAAGUCGGUUGUUCCUGACUCUCCAGCUGAUCGGUGUCAGAAACUGAAGACGGGGGACCGGAUCCUGGCUGUAAACGGCGUCAGCCUGGUCGGGAUGGAAUACAACGUCGGCAGAGAGUUGAUUCGAUCAUCAGGAGACUCUCUCAGGCUGCUGGUUGCAAAGAUUGACGCAGAAACAAGCAGCAAGACUUCAGUUACAACUAAAUGCUGAAGGCAGAGCUCUGGUGACAAAACAGUCCAUUUUUAACGGGAUGGACUCUCCAACCUGUUUCCUCUGCCUCCAUUUUAACUCUGUCAGUUCAUUUCCUGUUCCUUGAAUGUUUCUUGUGUGAAAGCACCGAAACGAUCAACUAAAGCACCGUCUGAUCUGUGAUCUCACACCAA